AAGGGUCGGUUUUUCGGUUCUCGGUUUAUUUGAAGUACCAUCUCUAGUCUCUCUUUGAAUCCAAGAUUGCGCCGUUAAUGUCUUUUUAGUGGCCAAAUUUAACGACUGAUAUGGCAAAGCCUCACUCAUCUCGUAAUUCCUUACUUCCCGGAGGAAUCAGUCGUUUAAGUAGAAGUGCUGUGUUUAGAAAACGAGCAUUAUAUAAGAAAAAAAGGGUUCCAGUUAAAGCCAAAAAAGCUGAACCAGCAUUACCCAAAGUAAAGAAAAUCGGCGGAGAAAAAAAUGGAGGGCAGCGUACAUUGCCACUUGUUAAACAACCACGAUUUUAUCCUGUGGAUGAUGUCAAAAGACCAUUAAAACACAGAAAACAUCCUAAACCUCCAAAGCUACGAUCAAGCCUAACUCCAGGAACCGUUGUUAUUUUGCUAGCUGGGCGCCAUAAAGGAAAGAGAGUAGUAUUUCUUAAGCAGCUUCCAACUUCAGGACUUCUUCUAGUUACUGGUCCAUUCACUAUUAAUGGAGUGCCUCUUCGCCGUGUUCCACAAUCAUAUGUUCUUGCUACCAAGACUAAAAUAGAUAUAUCUAAAGUUAAACUUUCCAAGCAGCUAACUGAUGAUUUUUUUAAACGUCAAAAAAAGAAGGUUGCUAGAUCAAAAGAAAGUAUGUUUGAUGAAUCAGCUGAGGGUUACAAGCCAAGCGAGGAGCGUAAAUCUAGUCAAAAAGAAGUCGACGAAGCUUUAUUGCCUCUGAUCAAACCCGUUCCAUUGUUAACUAAAUACAUGAAAUCUCUCUUCACUUUAAGGAAAGGACAAUAUCCGCAUCAAAUGAUUUUUUAAAUCAAUGAUAAAA